AGCUGUCAGUGGUGUCACAGUUUAGAGGACAUCGGUCAAGCCAUAUAUCAGGCUCGCCACACAGCUGGUGGACAGUCGGAGAAGAUGGCAUUUGUGGCGUUGUGGUUCAUUAUUACCAAUACUCUAGGAUCAGAUGGCUUUUUAAUACCUCAACUUCAACAUGUACCCUUGGCUGGACAACCAUUUCUACAGCCCCUGUUUAGUAAAAUACCAACACCUUUUAACUCCCUUUCAGGAAAUAAUAUCCAUGAGGAACUCAUCAAAGACGUUUUAGAAGCACAUCCUUUUCUAGGUAGUUUAGUUUCUCCUCUACUAUCAAGGGUAUCAAGACGAAAAGCUGGAGAUGAUGACUCUCAUAGUUCUGGCGUUGACGACUCUUGCAGUUCUUGUGUAACAGAUUCAAUGGAUGAAAGUUCUGGAAAUGAUGACUCUCAUAGUUCUGGUGUUGAUGACUCUCAUAGUUCUGGCGUUGACGACUCUUGCAGUUCUUGUGUAACAGAUUCAAUGGAUGGAAGUUCUGGAAAUGAUGACUCUCAUAGUUCUGGUGUUGAUGACUCUCAUAGUUCUGGCGUUGACGACUCUUGCAGUUCUUGUGUAACAGAUUCAAUGGAUGGAAGUUCUGGAAAUGAACAUCGCAAUACUAACAAGGGCUCGAUAAGUAAUGUUCUAAAGCCUGUCACUGAUCUUCUACACGGAAUCUUGGGAAAGGGAGAAAUGGGUUCAGCACAUGAUGAAACGCCAGCACCUCAUUAUGAAAUGGAAAGCAAUAGUGGUGAAAUGGAAAGUGGAAUGGACAGUGGGAUGGAAACUGAAACUGAUGAAAGUGGGAUGGAAAGUGAUGAGAUGGAAACUGAUGACAGUGCAGACUCCGCUGAAGACACCGGAUCAUCCUCAUGUUCUACUUGUUCUGAAUCAGAUGAAAUUUCAUCUUCAUCUUCAUCUUCUUCUUCAUCUGAAGAAAUUGCAGAUAGUGAUAGUGGUGGAACUGCGAGUCUCAUAGACAUAGAUGCAAGUAUACUAAAUUCUCAUAAAUCUUCAAAUAACAAAAAUAACCAUUUAAGUAAACACACUGAUCUUAAAAAAAGCAGAAAAAAGAGACAAUACAAAGCGGAAAGCAUAAGCAGUUCUAAAGUAAACAACUUUCAUGAUACAAUGAACCUCUAUGAGAAAAUAUAUAAAAAAGGAGAAUCAAAUCGUGUUAAAGAUGGAAAAGAACAAGACAUGAAUCACAAGGAAUUGAAAAAUAUGGAAAUUUUCAUUUUCAAAAACAAAAACAGAGGGAUGCCUAUAGCUUUUAAACAGAACUAUUUUAGACCAUAUUUAAAUCGAAUUCCUGAGGCAGUUGCUGGGUCUAACUUAUAUGGCUCUUAUGCUUUUGCUCAAAGUGGUUUUCAUCCAUUUGGAGGCAAUGAAGGUUCUGUUGAAGAUGAAGGAGAUGAAGGAAUAGGGGAAGAAAUUGAAGAAGAAGAAGAGGAGGAGGAGGAGGAAGAAGAAUAGAAGAAUAAUAAUGAAAACGUGAAGCAAUCAUAUUAGUAGCAGAAAUACAGGAAUUCUCGGAAUAGUAGCCUAAUACUUUUCAAUGCAGUGACCUCAUCAUGGUAAAAAUACUAGUUAAUUUGUAAAAUGUAUUACAUCUUUUAUAAAAAAAUAAAUUUGUACUACCUUA